AUGAAGAGGUUGACAGAAGAGGUUGUGUACUUAAGGGGACAAGAUGCCAAUCUUCAACGGUCAAAGUUUGUGCUUGUCGUUGGUGGUCUGGGCUACAUUGGCAGCCAUACGUCGCUGGAGCUCCUUCGUGCCGGCUUCAACGUGGUGAUUGUAGACAAUCUCGACAACUCGUACCUGACGACACUGGACCGGAUCAGAACACUCCGUGACGACUACUACUGUGGCGAGUCGUGGGCACCAUCAGUGAGCUUCUGCGAAUCAGACUAUCGUGAUUCGGCAGCCAUGUCGACUAUCCUGCGUCACUAUGGUGCUGGCACCUCUGUAUCAGCCAUCGAAGGUGUCAUUCACUUCGCUGCUUACAAGGCCGUAUCUGAGAGCAUCCAACAGCCGCUCAGAUACUACGACAACAAUGUCUCCGGAAUGGUCGCCUUCUGUUCGCUGCUAGACAGCCUCGACGUUAAGACGCUCAUUUUCUCCUCGUCGGCCAGUGUCUACGGAGAAGUGACUCCCGAGAUUGGGCUGAGAAUCAGCGAGAACCAUUGCACCCACGAAACCCGCGAAUGGACAGACGCUUCCGGAAAGAAGCAAGUAACGCAAGGCGGCUGCUCGGCGAUCUCCAACCCGUAUGGCCGCUCCAAGUGGAUGUGCGAGGCUAUUUUGAACGACUUGGCCGUCUCGGAUGCAGAGUGGCGCAUCGUGGCUUUGCGCUACUUCAACCCCAUUGGCUGCGACGCAUCUGGCAAGCUGGGUGAAGACCCGCGGACGGAGCCAAGCAACCUCAUGCCGAGCUUGCUGCGUGUGAUGAAUGGGCGAGUGCCGCAUCUCAAGAUUUUCGGCACCGACUGGGACACCAGGGAUGGGACGGCGAUGCGAGACUUCAUCCAUGUCAGCGACCUGGCGUUGGGCCACGUUGCCGCCCUCAAAGCUGUCAGUGAGUCGCGGCUGAGACAUGGCUUCCACACCUAUAACCUGGGCUCUGGAGACGGUAACUCGGUCAAGGAAAUUGUGACAGCCAUGCAGGCGUGUUCGGGAAGGCCUGUCCCAACAGCCGAAGUGGGACGGCGGGCGGGUGACGUGGGUGUUGUCGUGGCGGAUCCCACAAGAGCCGCGGAAGAGCUCAAGUGGCGAACGGAGAGGUCCAUUGAGGAUUGUUGCAGGGAUCUUUGCCGCUUCCUCCGCAUUGAUGAGGGCGUGGGCAAGCCAUAG